AUGGCCCCCUCGGGACAACUGACGGUCAGCUUCGACGACGCACCACACUCCCUCAGCAGAGCCCGGUUGAACGCCAGGCAAAAUGCUGGCAGUGUUGGUCAGGCGCCAGGCAGCGCUGCUUCGAGCAACGCUGCCUCCUUCUCUCACUCGGCAACAUACUUGGGCGUGGGACUCGGAGUCGGUGGAGCCUUCAUCCUCGGUCUCAUUUUCGUGGCGAUCUUGACCGUCCGAAAACGAGCGGAGCACAAGCGCCUGGUCGAGGCUAUGGAAGUGGAAGAGGCGCUGCACAUACAACAGACGCAAGAGGUCGCUCGGCCAGUGAGCGCGUUGAGAAGAAGCUUGAUCCUCCCGUUGCAGUCGAGAGCGGGCUGGGAUGCGUUGACAUCGGACGAGAGUGUGAAUCAGCCAGACCCGCCUGCGCGCUCCACCAGACGCAAGAGGGAUUCUAUCGGUUUGCCGAAGAAGUUCCGACACAAAGGCAUUCCUCUCACGCGAUUCAAGCGUCUGACCGCCAUCCUGGAGAGCCCGAGGUCUCGGCCAACGGAUUCGCCUGCCCCGGAUCGAGUGCUUACACAGGCUGAUGGGAACAAGUCGACACCUACGAAAAGCAAAGGCUACAACAUGCACAAAUCGAAUGAGGACGAUGUUUUUGUCUGCCCGGAGAGUCCCAAGCCAAACGUUCUGCCCUCCUUUGCCAUCCGCUCGCCCGGUCGAUACGGAGCAGGCAUCGCAAAUGACGACCACAGCAAGUCUCAACACCGGAUGAGAUCGGGAUCCAUGUCUGCGGUUCCCGAUGAAGACGUCUUUGGCAGUCCGUCUAACAAGCGGAGUCGACGCUCGGUCAGUAUGGGUGCUGCUCCACCAAGCCGCCCGCCCUCUGGUCCUGUACCUCCGCUGCCUGUCAUCAGCCCUCACGAUGCCACCAAGCAAGACCCCGCUGCCCAAGGCCUCUGCAUUCAGCGACUGUCUACCUCCAGCCACGGGUCGGUGCACAGCUCGGUGCUAGCCACUUCGCCUGUCCUGGUGUUCCCGGAACGAAAGGACUCUAUGGGCACUGCGCAAAUCCAGGGCGUCGGUACAGACGACGACAGCGCAGCCACCAAUCAAUGGCACAGCUCACAAGCGCAUGGCCAGCUAUCGUCAAUUCGAAACAACAUGGCUCGAUACAGUGCAGGAAGCUUAGCCAGUCAACGAUUCUCUUCGGGCAGCCUAACCGCAGACGGUCAACAAAGGCGUGUCUCCAGUGCAGAGAUCGGCACCGCCGACCAAGUCAGCAUCAGCCGCGUGUCCUCUUCAAAUUCUCUUGCGUCUUCCAGCGUGCGUAAAGUCAUCACCCCGCGCAAACACAACAGAACCUCCGUAUCCGCCUCGGGAUCCCCAGCAGAGCGCAAAAAGGGCGGCGUCCUACGCGACAUCAGCGGAAACACGGGCGUGCCUUCACGACAAGGGUCUGACGCAACGCAAGAUUCGAACCGGAAUAGCAAUCCUUUCCAAUGGGACAAUCAACCGCUUCAAAAGCCGUCUGCACUGAAAGGGAGCCCGAACGCAAGAAAGGGACACCGAAGACAGAAUUGUGUCCGUAUUUCCACCCUGACCCCUCAAAUCCUCGGACCACCACCGAGUCGCUCCACCAGCCCGAGUAUCACCCACGGAAUCGAAGAGGAAUCAGCCGAUGGCGAUGAAAGCGCAACGCAGCCCGGCAUGGUCUUUGUAUCAAAUCAGCGCCUGUCUCGCCCGCCGAGCACAGCGUCGUUCGCCCCGAAUCUGCGUCUGCAGCCUUCUCAAGCCUCGCUGACGCCUAGCUCGCCUACAUUGUCCCUGUGGAACGUGAUGCACGAACAAGGCAUGCACUCUCAGGGCUCAGAUUUGCAGCUCUCGGCCGGCACGCGCUCUUCGAUGGGCAGCAUCCCUUCAUUCCCGAGUCCGGUGCGCGCCGCGGCGUCCACGACGCAAUUGAGUCAGCCAAUCCCUGAGUUUUACUUGUCGCGACCAUCGACGGACACAUAUGACGACACUAGUUCGUCGCCGUUCGUGAUGCGACCGUCUUCAGAUCUCGGUAUCUCUUCGAGUCCGCCAGGGCUAAACGCAAUGAGUAACGAGACAUAUGACCCAGAGAGCCCGCAAUGGAGCCGAUCGCAACAGGACCGCAGCUCAGCGUCAUUCCCAUUUAUCAAGACCUCGCCUACUCAGGAGGGCACGGAUGAGAAUUCACCGCCCCGCAGCAGACCGCAAUCCUACGGUGGUGAACUACCAGAUACACCCCCCAUCUCGCCCAAAACCAGCCCGUCCGAAUUCGAGCCCGUCUUUGGCAUCAGCCCCGAGAAGCUGACUUCAGCCAACGCAAGCGCAAUCAUGGCCCAGCUGCCAGGCGACGUCACCUUCCCCGGCGCACCCGUACUCCUCCCUCCAGCCGAGGAUGAAGUCUACGCCCACCUAACGCCCAGAACCACGGCGUCGCGCCAAGGCUUGAUGAUCCAAACUCAAGCCGCUCCCCCGCCUCCUCUCCAAUGGAUCAAAGAAUCUUGCGUUCCGUCUCCCCUGCAAAUCAGCGGCAACCGCACGAGCCCGACCGGCCCGCGCUCGCAGCCGCCACAAAGCGUGCUGAAGAACGCCAUGCAGCUGCGUCGCAUGAACAGCGAAAUCGACCACGCGGACAACGAGCGAGAGAGCCGGCGAUACGUGCGUUUGGGCCGAGAGGCGAGUCCUUUACUGCCGUGGGCUGGGAGCCCGGAGUUGAAUGCCAGUCAGGCGGAGAUGGGCGAGGUGUUUGAUUUUCAAUUCGGCGCGGGACAGGCGAGGAGUGGAGCAGAGGUGCAUGAGAAUGUCCAUGAGAGGAUGGAGAGUAAGCUUGAUGGGGCGCUGGCUGGGUUAGAUGCCGGUACGCCUGGGAAGAAGGGGGGUGUAUGGGAGGACGGCGAGAAGUAUUGGAAUGGUCAGCAGGCCAUUGGUAUUGCGUCCAGCGGCACGCCGGCGAGGAUGCAUGCCACGCCGCCGCGGAAGGAGAGUCUGGCGGUGCCGAGCAGUGGCAUUCGCAGUAUCCAGAACACACCGAAGAGUUUGUAUGACUCGGAGGGGUUCUUGUAUACGUGA